AUGAAUAGAGAAUCUCUAUUAUUAAUCAUAGAUCGAUGGAAAACUGAAGCCUAUGAAUUAUAUAAUCAAUUAGAAAAAACUAAAAAUGAUUAUUAUAAUGAUUAUAAUUAUCUUAGCCAAAAAUUAAAUCAAUAUCAGUAUGAAAUAAAUUCAAUAAAAAAUAAAAAUUAUUCUUCUAUAAAAAAAAAUGAAAAUUUAUUAGAACAAAUUUUAAUUAAUGUUGAUCAAUCAUCUAUCUCAAAUAAAAUUAUUGUUUUAUCUCAGUUUUUUGUUGAUUCUCUUAAAACAUUAUUAUUAUCAACAAAUAUUGAAGAAAAACAAAAAUCAAAUACUAUAUAUUAUACAAUCAUUGAAAAUAUUGAAACAAAUAUAAAACAAAUAGGAAAUAUUAUUUAUAAAAUGAAUGAAGAUUGUUCAAAUCAAUUAAUUCAUAAUAAAAAUACUUAA